AUGCCUCUAGCGUCAACUAUGUCUUCGUCCUUGCAUUAUGACAGCGAACUUCCGGGCUACGCCCAAAUGGAAGCGGCCGCCGGGAUGUAUGGAGACCCGCACAGGGGCCUUGCAGGUCACCCGCUGCCUCACGCGGGUUUGAACCACGCCAGCCCUGCUCUGCAUCAACCGUACCCCAAUCCGUAUUCUACCUCGUCGACCACUAUGCCUGGAGUUAUGAUGGGAUCACAGGAUUCACAGAUGAAGCGAGAUAAAGACUCGAUAUAUUCGCAUCCAUUAUUUCCCCUUUUGGCCCUCAUUUUUGAAAAAUGUGAGCUGGCAACAUGCACGCCGCGGGAGCCGGGAGUGACUGGAGGCGAUGUAUGCUCCUCCGACUCCUUCAAUGAAGACAUCGCUGUGUUUAGUAAACAAGUUUUAGCGCGGUCAGAAAAGCCGCUGUUUUCAUCCAAUCACGAAUUAGACAGCUUG